AUGGCCCAUAACGACCGCCGUAUGGCUACACGAAUUCUGCAGCGCGUAGGUGAGAUCCCGGCCGAUAAAAUCAGUCAGCAACAGGCCUCAUCCCUUGAAUGGGCCAAAAGCAUCUUGGCCAAAUCAAGCAACAAAGAGGCUUCCAAACCGGACCAAGUGUCUAAAAGACAAAGGUCUCAGGAGGAAGAACCCCCUCUUACGAAAAAACCAAGAGGUUACAAUGUACUGGUACGACCGUACAGUGAGGUUGCGAAGGACAAUCUUUGGGCUGGCACCAAAGGACAAGUGAAAUUGGUAGCUUGCAAGGAUGCGAGAUCGGUUGCCUUGUACAAGGCAGCUGUCUCUAAAGUAGGAGAGAUCUGGCCUGGAGCCAGACUUGAAGCGGUAGACAAGAAGGAUAUUCCAUCUCGUCCUAGGGCCAGGGUUUGGAUUCCAACUAAACAAACUGACCCGGAGCAAAUUCUGAAAAUAAUCAGGAUCUGCAACCCCAACCUUCCAACUGGAAAUUGGAAGGUGGUAAAAUUAGAGGAGCCUGUUGGACCGACCAGACAAGCUGUCCUUGUAUUAAAUGCGGAGUCAUUGAAACCGCUCUCCGAAGCUAAAUACGUAAUCUCCUAUGGCUUUGAGAAACUAAAUCUCAAGGUCUAUCGUACCGAUGCCACGGAAGAACCGGAGAAGAUUACGUCUGAUCAGCCCUUGCUGGAGGAACCAGCUAAAGGACCAAUGCUAAGACAGCAGAGUUGUGAGGAAACACAGAGUGAAGACCUGCCAGAUCAAAUGGAGGUGGACUCGCUCUCUCUGAUGUCUGAAGACAAAUCGGAUGCGGGGUCGGUGACCAGUCUGGGCAACCUAUUCGAUGAGAGUGGGCUCCUGGACUCGGAUGACGAAGCCGAUAAAACGGUGGUAGAGGUUCAAGUACCUGAUGAAGGUGCUUCAAAUUAAUCUCCACCACUCUAAAGCUGCUUCAGCAAACCUUCUAAUCCACCUUGCACAGGGUGGAGCCGAUAUUGUUCUGAUUCAGGAACCAUGGAUACUGGAAAACCGGAUCUGUGGAAUCGGAACAAAUGACUAUAAACUUAUCAGCAACACAGACUCAGUGAUGACGACCAGACUGCAGUGAGUUUGGAAAUCGACGGCAAAACCGUAUGGGUGGUGUCAUCAUACAUGGCCCACGACCAUAUAGGAAAUCCACCACCGGAAAUACUUAAGCAGCUCGUGAUAACAGCAGCAGAAAGAAUGACUGGUGUUGUGAUUGGAGCCGAUGCAAAUGCUCAUCACACAAUCUGGGGAAGCUCGGACAUAAAUGAAAGAGGUGAGUCGUUAUUCGAUUUUAUUCUAGAU